CCACAAUGCAGCGGGGCAAUGUAUUAACAUGGCGUCAAUGGUUGCUGUUUUGACCAGGGCCGUGGGAUUUGAAAAACAUCAUGCAUAACAGAACUAUGGAGGCAGCGAAACAAUAAUCUGGAAUCCAAUUUUGCUCGUAAAAAUUUCACUUGUCCUGUCUCCCUGGUCAUCCUCAACGUGUUGUUGACUGCACCAGGGACGAGAGUGGGAGGACAGGAGGCAUGGAUGAGCCCACCAGCCCAAUAAAAACAGUCAAGCAAUCUCGCAACGAGGCAAGAGGAAACAAAUCUUUUCCCACCAAGCCAAAUAAAGAGGCUCCUCCACAGAGAGAGGCCACCAAGCCUGCCAGCCGCAGUAAGGAUAGUGUCGUCGCUGCUACCAAGGAUGAGCAUGUUAUAGGCGGCCAAGGAAAUCGUGGGUCGGGCAAGACGUCCACAGAAAGUUCCCAGGAUAAAGGGAGAGGAAGACCUCGCAGGUUGACUGGAAGAACCAAUUCUGGGGAGAGAGGUAAAGGGAAAGCAGCAGCAGCAGGCUCGCAACAGCAAUUGGCAGUGCAAGCACCCGACUCCAGGGCUUCUGUGUUUGCAGACAGGAGCCCCUCUGGGAGCAGGGAGACCACGUCUGCUACUGUGCCUGGUCCAUCGGAAAAAGGCCUUGCAGAGAAGUCUACGAAGGGCGCUACAGUGAAGGAAAAGUCCCACGGGGUGAAGGCCAUGGCACAGAUGAAUCAGUCAGCUGAGGACGGCACAGAGGUGGGAGCUGGCCUGGAGGAGGGGGCUCUGACCGAGCAGCAGCUGGGUCUUCGGCAGGCAGAGGAGCGCCUCUACAGAGACUACAUCCACCGACUGGUAAAACAGUCCCCUGAGUAUCCAAACUUUCAGUACUUAUGCAAGCUCUGCUCUGUGCAUAUUGAGAACAUACAGGGAGCACAUAAACACAUCAAGGAAAAGAGGCACAAGAAGAACAUAAUGGAAAAACAGGAGGAAAAUGAGCUGCGUGCGCUGCCACCGCCCUCCCCUGCCCAGCUGAAGGCGGUGGAUGCUGCCGUCUUGGACACAGCCAAACAGCACGGCAUCUCAGAAGAGGACUUCCAGGUUCGGCUGGCUGUGGUCAGCAGGAUGGAGGAGACCAUCCAGCAGCAUCUCUCAGCUUGUUCCCUCCGUCUUUAUGGUUCAUGUCUUACCCGAUUUGCCUUCAAGACGAGUGAUAUCAACAUCGAUGUCACCUACCCUUCCUCAAUGACUCAACCAGACGUGUUGAUUCAAGUGCUGGAAAUCCUAAAGAACAGCUCUGAAUAUUCUGAGGUUGAGUCAGACUUUCAUGCCAAAGUUCCUGUCGUGUUCUGUCGGGAUAUUAGCAGUGGGCUGAUGUGCAAGGUCAGUGCAGGCAAUGAUGUUGCCUGUCUCACCACCAAUCACCUGGCUGCCCUGGCUAAACUGGAGCCCAGAUUGGUUCCCCUGGUGCUGGCCUUCCGCUAUUGGGCAAGGUUGUGCCACAUUGACUGCCAGGCUGAAGGUGGCAUCCCCUCCUACUCCUUCGCCCUCAUGGUCAUCUUCUUCCUGCAGCAGAGGAAGGAGCCCAUCCUCCCUGUCUACCUGGGCCACUGGAUUGAAGGCUUUGAUGUGAAGCAUGUGGAUGAGUAUCACUUGACUGGAAUCAAGCUGGACAUAUUUGUCAGGUGGGAGCACAGACCUCCCAGCUCCACAGAGGGACGAGGUGAGAAUCGAGGUGAGACCAGGGGAGAAGGCAAACCGAAACCAGAGCAGAACAAGCCGAAUGACAACCAGUAUGGAGAGGGCUUGACCCGCCUGACCCUGGACCUCGGUAAAGGUGUGUCAUUGGGCCAGUUGUGGUUGGAGCUGUUACGUUUUUACACACUGGAGUUUGCCCUGGAGGAAUACAUCAUCAGCAUCCGCUUGAGGGAGCUCCUUUCCAGGGAAGUGAAAAACUGGCCUCGCCGCAGGCUAGCCAUCGAGGACCCUUUUGCCCUGAAGAGGAACGUUGCACGAAGCUUGAACAGCCAAAUGGUCUUUGAGUACAUCCAGGAACGCUUCCGCACAGCGUACAAAUACUUUGCUUGCCCUCAGUUCAGGGGCACAGGGGGGCGCCAGAGAGGCAAAAAGUGUGGCAAACAGGACAUGAAGUUAGAAAGCCUGGAGAAGAAGGAGGCUGUGUUUCUAAACACAGAAGUGGACGAUGGGAAAGGUGGAAAAAGUCAGAGUGGUGGAAGAGUGCGCCAGGAGCUGAAGGAGGACGAAGAGCACGAGAGUGAUGAUGAGGAUGGUUCAGAUCCAUCCAGAAAGGAGGAUGAGGAGACACUGAAUGCCGCCCUCAUGAACAUGGUUCUCAGUGAGGGGGACCAACCGUCAACAAACACUCCCUUCUCCCCCAAUGGCCUGCUGGACAGCGACAACGAGGGAGAGGAGGAGGAAGAGGAGAAUAAUGUUUUAGAGAAGGAGGCACUCAUCACAUCAGAGGACCUGCACUAUGUAUUUGAUAGGAUGAUUUUCACUGGUGGGAAGCCUCCUACUGUUGUAUGCAGCAUCUGCAAAAGAGAUGGUCACCUUAAGGAUGAGUGUCCUGAAGACUUCAAGAAGAUAGAGCUCAAGCCUCUGCCUCCUAUGACUGACCGCUUCCGGGACAUCCUGGAUGGACUCUGCAGGCUCUGCUAUCAUGAACUGUCUCCUUCUGCGGUUGAGCAGCAGAAGAGAGAACAGAUCCUUGCUAGCCUGGAGAGGUUUAUACGAAAGGAGUACAAUGAUAAGGCUCAGCUGUGCUUGUUUGGCUCUUCGAAGAACGGCUUCGGUUUCCGUGACAGUGACCUGGACAUCUGCAUGACUCUGGAGGGUCAUGACACUGCAGAGAAACUGAACUGCAAGGAGAUCAUCGAGGGCCUUGCCAAAGUGCUGAAGAAGCACACAGGUUUGAGGAACAUCUUGCCUAUCACAACAGCUAAAGUGCCUAUUGUGAAAUUUGAACACAGACAAAGUGGAUUGGAAGGAGACAUCAGCCUCUAUAACACCCUGGCUCAACAUAACACCAGAAUGCUGGCUACUUAUGCAGCUAUAGAUUCGCGUGUGCAAUACCUGGGAUACACGAUGAAAGUCUUUGCAAAGCGCUGUGACAUUGGGGAUGCGUCGAGGGGAAGUCUCUCAUCCUAUGCCUAUAUUCUGAUGGUGCUUUACUUCCUCCAGCAGAGGCAGCCCCCAGUCAUCCCUGUCCUCCAGGAGAUCUUUGAUGGGAAGAAUGUUCCACAGCGGAUGGUUGAUGGCUGGAAUGCAUUCUUUUUUGAUGACCUUGAGGAGCUGCAUCGUCGUCUCCCAGAGUUGCAGCAGAACAAGGAGUCAGUAGGAGAGCUGUGGCUGGGUCUGUUGCGCUUUUACACCGAAGAAUUUGACUUCAAAGAGCAUGUCAUAAGCAUCCGCCAAAGGAAACGCCUCACAACCUUUGAGAAACAGUGGACCAGCAAAUGCAUUGCUAUUGAAGAUCCCUUUGAUUUGAACCAUAAUCUUGGUGCUGGAGUUUCUCGUAAAAUGACAAACUUCAUCAUGAAGGCUUUUAUUAAUGGGAGAAAAUUGUUUGGUUCUCCAUUCUAUCCCCAGCCUGGCAUGGAAGUGGAGUACUUCUUUGACUCCAAGGUACUAACAGACGGGGAGCUGGCACCCAAUGACAGGUGCUGCAGGAUCUGCGGCAAGAUUGGACAUUACAUGAAGGACUGUCCUAAGAGACGCAGAAUGAAGAAGAAGGAAAAUGACAAAGAGGAAGAUAUAAAGGAGGAGGAGCGGGAGCCAAGAGAAAGGCGUUGUUUCCAGUGUGGUGACAUGGGUCACGUGCGCAGGGAUUGUCCUGAGUACCGUCAUCUCAGGCAGAGGACUGCCGGGGCACCAGCUCCCCACAUGGUGCGAACCAUAGUGAGCUCCCAGUCCAUCCCCAUUCCCCAGGCAACUCCAGACCGUCCUGGAAGGACCAGACAACCAUCUGAAUGUUCGGAUAGUCGCCAGACUCCACCUUAUUCUCCUCAGCCCACCCCAUUCUCUCAGAGCUCCUCACAGUCCUCGAGCUCCCCGCAGUCUUCCCAGAGUAAGACCAGCUCUGCUGGUCCCCCUAAGCAGCCUGCUCAUGCCCAGGUCCCCUUAUCUCUCUUUAGCUUCCCCACCUCCCACCCAGGCCAGUACCACCCAGGGACACUCACUGCGCUGGGACUUCUCCCCUCCCACCAGCACCAGUCGCACCAGACCCAGGGGCAACCUCAUCACCCAGUCCAUCUUCCCUCCACCUCCUGGCCCAUCCAUGGACCGGUCCUCCAGACUUCCACACCUCCUGCCCCCUCCCCGCCUGGUCUGAAAUUCCCCUUGCGUCCGGCCUCUGGGAAUGGGAAUCCCGCUGGCUCGGGGGGCAGCCCCGGCCCCAUGAAUCUUAAUGACCCCAGUAUCAUCUUUGCCCAACCAGCGGGGAGGCAGCUGGGCAUGGGUGGGCCAGGACGGGAAGGGCACUGGCACAACCAUCUGGCACAACAGGGGUCACUUGUGGGCAAUGGCACUGUAGGCAAGUCAGAGCCAGGCUACCAGGCCCAGUUUGGAGGUGUAACCCAAGGCUCUCGGAACUGGGAGCACAAUAAAACGCCCCAGUACACCCUGUCCCCAUCCUGGCCCUACCGCAUGCCCCAGAACUUCAUCCAGCAGGGCAAUGGAAGCUACCAGCCUGGAAAGCCCUUCAUGGCCCAAGGUUCUGUGGUGCACCCCAAUCAGAAUUUCCCACUGGUACCCCACGUCCGGCACCAUGUAAAUCUAAAUUUCAUCCAGCAGAAAAAGUGAACUUGCAUCUCCAUUUUAUUAGGCUUAUGGUCAGUACCAUAACAAAGCAGAAUAAUGUAAUCUUAACUUUGCAUCAUUUAGUCACAAGGAUUUCUAAAAUGAAUUUUAUCAUUUUUGUACAGUUUUUAUGUUUUUUUGUCUCAUUACAUUGAUUUGUGAUACAAAUGUCAAAUAUUUUAAUACCCCAUUUUUGAGGGGGGUCCAAAAGUGUUUUUAUUUUAUGUGUAAAGUAAGGAGGAAAAAUGUAAACCUUUAUUUUUAUUAGCUGUAUUCAUACUUUGCUUGCCACAAGACGAAGGCUUUGAAUAGACAUUUGUUUUAAAAACAACCUAACAUGUCACCCUAAGUAUGUAGUGCCAAAAAAAUCAGGAAUAGCAAGGAAAAAAAAGAAAAAAAAAAAGAAAAAUAUUAAACCCUAAAAAAAUAAA